CUACAAUCAUUAUCAAAGUUCUUGUAAUUUUCAGAAACAAUCGGAGCUACCAAGCUAAUUUUACUUUUGUCUGCAACUAAAAAACCGCAGCACAUGCUGUUUGAUUUUUUAUUCUCGCUCUCUCAUUUCAGUUGUUAGCUGCUCCGCUCGUUGAGAGUUAUGGCGGUCGAAGAAGAAUAUCCAAAUCCGAAACCCUCCUCCAUCUCCCUCCCUAUGGAAGAAGACGCCCCAUCGGCUCUGCUUUCUUCCUAUCUCGGUCUCAGCUUUUCGGUUUUCCUUGCUUUACUUCCCCGCUCCUCGCUCUCACAUGUUUUCUCCCUUCAGUCUCGCAACCGAAUCCUCUCCCUCAGGCUCUUCCAUGCCGAGGAGCAGCUCCGCCAGAUUCGCUCCCGUCGGAAGGAGGACUCCAAAGCCAACGCCCGCGUUGCGGAGAUCUUCUCUAGCAACCGUCAAGCAUGGCAGCUGGAGGAGAAGCGCCUCCUCCAGCAGAUCGAAGCCGCAGCUGACGAGAUCGCCACACUCCGCUCGCAACUCAGUGAGAAGGAACGCUCGGAAGCCGAGCUUCGGUGCUCCGUCGAGAAGCUUCAGCGGGACUUGGCUGAGCGGGACGAGAUGAUUGAUUUCAUGUCAAGGAGGGCGGAGCCGGCAGAAGGAGAGGAGGAUGGGAUGAGGAAGAAAGAAGUGGAAAAGGUUUUGGGCGACGAUGAGGAGGAUGAGGGCGGUUGUGGCGAUGACUAUUCGUGGAUGGGGAGGAUUAGGACUCCGAAGGGGAUAGAUCCGGUAUUUGACGCAUGUUUUGUUGAGCGGAGCGACGACAUCGACAAAAUGGCGAUGUUGUACUGCCGGGAAAAUGGGUUUGGACAAGAUUCCUUGCCGCCUUCAGAAAUUUCGAAGCGGUGGAUGGAGAGCCCGAAGGGAGCAUGGCAGGAUACCCAUUUUGAUUCUCAUGAUUCAACGUACGUUACGAAGCAUUUUGUAUCAAGGAGGGAGUAUCCAUGGAAAGUAAGCAGCGAUGCUGCAGGUGUUUCUUCCAAGCUGAAAUUACUGGAGCAAGGCUUGAGUAAUCUAGAGAAUGUUGAAGAAGGGGAACUGUCAAAAGUUUCCUUGUUGAGAAAACAAGCAAAGCGUUACCAAUCUCUAGCUGGAAAGAUUGAUGAUUUGUGCAGGAAAAUGCAACUAAGUGAGAGCUGUGAGGCAAGUAUGAGCCCAGAUUUCUGGACCCAGCGGCAAACCGAGUUCCUUGUUGAAGCAUUUAUGCUGCAGCACAGAGCCACUGAGACGAGGCAGAAACUAAACACCCUUCAGACUGAACUGGUCGGCCAGACCAAGGUGGCAAGGAGGAGGUCUCUGGAUUCCAUUAGGAGCAAUUUGAAAGAGAUUCAGAGGAAUCUUGAGAUCUGGUUGGCGAGGAUAAUGGGUGACCUGGAAGGCAUUCUCGCCAGAGAUGGUAACUCACGUGUAAGAGAUUACUAUAUUUCUCGAUACCCUUUUGUCAGAUAACCUUUAUGAGUCGAUCAUUAAUAAUAUUUUGCUGCAUAAUUUUGCACUUUGUCUUUUGUUUCUUUUUUCUAUUAUUAUUU